AUGAACACGCAAUGGCAACCUCAAAGUUCCAAUCACAAAACCCCCUCGUUUAUCACAUACCAGCCCAAACCCCCUUUACAUCCAACCUCACAUACCUCUUCAGAAAACCCCACGACUACACAAUACCAAUCUCAUUCUCAAAGUUCUAGUGUCUCAGACUCAACAUCCCUAGCUGAAUCGCGCUGGAUACCCCCCAAUCAUCCUCUCGAAACCAUCACUCCGUUUAUAAACCCCACUCCUUUUGCCUCCACCCUCGCAAACACUUUUCACUUGUUCCAUUCUCACUCCCUCCUAUACAAAUCAGGCGUUACGCCUCAUGAAUUGCAAAUGCAUCUUGCCGCCGGCUCCUGCGGCGUAACUAUCCACGGGACUGUUUCCACUCCCGAAAACACCGACGGUUACCAAAACGGCACACUCGGCAUCAUAAUUGCGCAAGAAAUGCCUCUAACUCCUCGUUUAUAUCUACCCGCCCAGCGUAAGAAGAUUUCUGAAUCUAUGCGACAGGUUGUGUUAGAUUUACAUGGAAAGGGCAUUGUGCACGGUGAUAUUUAUCUGUCGAAUUUUCUGCUCUGUGCUUCUGGGAAUUCAAACGAUCAAGUCAGUGUUAAACUGAGUAAUUUCCACGAUUCUCAUUUUAUUUCAGAUUCUUCUCAAAACUCAGUCGAUCAUGAAAAAGAAGAGCAAUGGACACCAAUCCUCAACGGAAAGAUGAUUUCUCCGAACCGAGCAAAUGAGUGGAUGAAAGGAAGGGAUAGGAAAGCGACCAAAGAAGAUGAUCUGUAUGCGCUGGGUAUCUGUAUGUGGGAACUGUGGAGUGGAAAGAGGUACGAUGAAGCGCGUGGGAUUUGGGAAGAUGUGAGGAGGGGUGACCUAAAAGGAAGAGGAGUGGAUAUGAAGGGGGUCGGAGAUAAGGGAGUUAGAGCUUGGGUAAGAGCAUGGCUGAGAGGUGGAGGAGCAAUCGUUUGA